AUGGAGGCUCGAAUGGACGUGGAUGCCGAGGACGAGCUUGAACACCAGGCUCACCAUGAAGCUCAGACGCUGGUUGACCCAGAAGGCGCCAUGCAAGCCCUCCGUGAUGCAAUUGCACAGCCUCUUGACCGCUCCGUCUCUGGCGCUAUCAAGAAGCGCGACAAGGACAUUACCGAGCUGAGCCAGCUCUAUUCCAAAUAUGACAAGGCUGCCGAAAUGCGUCAGCUUAUCGAUGACGUUCGUCCCUUCCUCGAAGUCAUCAGCAAGGCCAAGGGCGGCAAGGUCUUCAAGAAUCUUAUCGACCGCUUUGUCGAGCUAAAAUCCGCUACGCCCGAUGAGAAAGUCAACAUGUGCAAGGAUUGCAUUGCCUGGGCCCAGGAGAACAAGCGCACGUUUCUGCGCCAGGCUCUUGAAGUCCGACUCAUUGCCCUCCACCUCGAUGCCAAGCAAUACCAAGAGUGUUUGGCAGAGCUUCAGCCAUUGGUCCGGGAGCUCAAGCGCCUGGACGAUCGCCAGCUGCUCGUUGAGGUCAUGCUGAUGGAAUCCCAAGCCCUCUUCGCUCUGUCCAACUACCCCAAGGCACGCGCCUCGCUCGUUUCAGCGCGCACCACCGCCAACACCAUCUACUGUCCGCCCAAGAUGCAAGCCGCGCUCGAUCUGCAGUCUGGCAUCCUGCAUGCUCAGGAGGGUGAUUACAAGACUGCAUACUCAUACUUUUACGAAGCCUUUGAAGGCUACGACUCAGUGGACAUGCCGGCCAACGCCCUUCGUGGCCUCAAGUACAUGCUGCUGAGCAAGGUCCUGCUCAAGGAUGCCGCAGAUGUCCCGGCCAUUGUCACCGGCAAACUGGCUCUCAAGUACUCGGGCCGUGAUAUUGAGGCCAUGCAGGCCGUCGCGGCCGCCGACCUGAAGCGUUCCGUUGCCAACUUUGAGCGGGCGCUCAAGGAUUAUCCUUCGGAACUGCAAGAUGACAUGGUGGUUCAAGGACAUGUUCAUGAUUUGUGGGAUUCCCUGUUGCAGUCCAACUUGGCGCGCAUCGUCGAGCCCUUCUCGCGAGUAGAGAUUACCCACGUCGCCGAGACCAUCAACCUCUCCGUGGCUGACGUGGAGAAGAAGCUCUCACAGAUGAUCCUGGACGGCCAGCUCCACGGCAUCCUCGACCAAGGCACAGGCUGUCUGGAAAUUUUUGAACCUGAAACCAAGGAUGAGACGUAA